AUGGAAUACGUCUACGCCUCCCAAGAAGCCAUCUCACUCAUCCCUCUCUGUCUCUCUCUGUCUCUGCCCACACGCUCGGGCACGCACGGAGCGAGUGCAGUUGCAGAGAAAUGGGUAGCGGCCACCAACACGAAAUGCCCCCCGGAGGAAUGGCGUACCCGCGGCCACACGGCAUCGCCUCCCAUUACGGGCGCAACGCUGAGCCACAAACCACACGGAGAUUCCCAGUGCUCCCCGGCAUUUGUGCGCCCCCGCGCCAAGGCCCCUCCCCCCGCUAUUCGACUCGGCCUCGCUCGUGCCCACGACGCCAGAGUACACACCCAACAACUCAGCCUUGACGCUGACACAUUCACUCUGACAUUGGCGCUCCGCAGGCAGCACGACCCACUCGCCUGCUUCACCUGCCCCGCCCCAACGACGCCCAUUCCACCACGCAGCAGCAAAGGAACACGCACCACUUUGCGGUUGCAUGGGCACAGUGGCUUAGCGCACUCCGACGGCGCAGCCGGAGGGUACACGCACACAUGGAAU